CUCAAGAACGGGACCUUUAAUGACACCGAUAAGGAUUCGAGCAUUUUAUUGUGAGGUUAUAUUUUGCGACACACGAUAUUACUAACACACGGCGUCAUCAACUAUUUCUACCGAGGACACGCGUACACAUGCACACAGGUUAAGUUAUACAUUUUUCGACUGAUAAAAAACACAUAAACAUUAAGAAGAACAAAACAAAUAUUAUGAGUAAUGUUAAAGAAAUGACAAAAUUAUUGGACGAAAUUUGUAUUGAUCAUUCUAAAGAUAUUAAAAUUACCUGCAGAGAUGAUCUAACCCCGUAUUUUAAAGCCUGGGAUCACAGCAACAAUAAAGUUCACUUGUCAAAGGUACCACAAAUAUGUAAGGAUGAACCGUGUCAGCUUGGUAUCGACGAGGCUGGACGUGGGCCAGUCCUUGGGCCCAUGGUUUAUGGAAUUUCUUACGCACCUCUAUCCGAAAAACGGCUUCUCGUGGAUCUAGGUUGUGCUGACUCCAAGAGUUUGACAGAGGAAAAAAGAGAUACAAUUUUCGAUAAAAUUUGUGAACAAUACAAGACAAUAGGUUGGGCUGUGGAUGUCAUAUCUCCUAAUGUUAUUUCAAAUAGCAUGUAUCGUCGUGUAAAAACUUCUCUGAACGAGGUGUCUAUGAAUUCCGCGAUUGAGCUAGCUAAAUUAGUGAUUGAAGCUGGUGCAAGGAUCACGGAGAUCUAUGUAGACACGAUAGGUAAGCCAGAGAAGUAUCAAGCCAAAUUGGAACAAAUUUUUCCAGAUAUAAAGAUAACAGUCGCGAAGAAGGCCGACUCUACGUAUCCUAUUGUCAGUGCUGCCAGUAUUUGCGCUAAAGUCUCUCGUGAUCAUGCUAUAAGAGCUUGGCAAUUUCUCGAAGGGUCGAUAAUGACAGAAUACGGAAGUGGAUAUCCAAAUGAUCCAGAGACUAAAAAAUGGCUGUCCGAAAAUGUGGAUCCCGUAUUUGGGUUUCCGCGUAUAGUCAGAUUCAGCUGGUCUACCGCUGAAAAGAUUCUGGAAUCAGAUGCCUUAUCCGUUGAAUGGGAAGAAAUGGAAGACGUAAGGAAUCCUGGGGAGCAAAAGAUUUCCAGUUUCUUUGCCAAAUCACCAGAUAAAUCUUUCAAAUCUCAAAAAAAGCGGCAUCAAUUUUUUACCGAAAGAUGCCUCUUCAAUACUUCCACAUUAUGAUUUUUCUAAUUUAU